AUGCGGCCCAAAGAGCCUGGGCCGGCCGCUUGUGUUUGUGCGAGUGAGCACGGCUGUUCGUUGCCUGGGCAUCCCGGCGUGAGGGGUGCCCCGGGGCCUGACAUCCAGUUGCUUAGUUUUGGCUCCCCCAACUGGGCACGGGGGGUGUGUGGGCUGGGGGUAUGCAAGAGGACGCCACUCCUCAGCACAUUCCAGACCGCAUCUCCGGCUCGACUGCACAUGCGACAAGAUCGCCUCUUCGAGCCAAAGGCUGCCCCGGCAAAUGUCAAAAAUGCCAACACAUCCUUUGGCUGUCAGGCUGGAAAGCAGAAUCUGACGCAUCUGCCCAACUGGGACAUGUGGACGCAUGUCAAAGGGAAGGUCGCAAGGCCCGGCCUGUGGUACAGACGGGCCAGUCCGGUCGCCACGGGUCAGAGUGACCGCCGCGCCGACGCGGUGAUAAAAAGCCAAACGGACAGGGCCAGUCCGUCCAACUGUUGCCCUCGUCUGUAUUCUCGACAACCCUCAGCAUCCGUCUCCACACCAGCCGUCGCAAGAGCUGACAUGUACCAUCAGGGCACAUGCCGUUGUUACGCUUUCCAACCCUUCCAAUGCACCGUCCGGCAGAUCUUUACCAAAAAUGCACUGUAA